CUAAACUACUUUCUAUCCUAACAAUAAUAGCAGUGGUUCUUUUCUUUGAAUUGUUAUAUAGUGUUCAUAUUUCCUCUAGUUCUUUAAUUAAAGAAUAGAUGUGAUUUUUGGAAUUAUUGUACAGUUGUGAAGUUGUGAAGUUAUCACUUUUCUUUGUUUGAAAGUUUCAAAUACUGGAUGAGCUGUGAGGUUACUCUCAAAUUUAUUGUGUAUUUCUUUCUUUUUGAUAUAUGAAUAUUAGUUACAAAUUUUAUGAAAUUGAUACAAAUUCAAAGUGGAAUUAUUUCAUGUGUACCAUAAGCAUGCAAAGCUGUGUCAAGAUUUUGAAAAACUUAUAAAAUAUCUGCUGUCAAUUUAUGCGGUAAUAAUCAUCUCAACUUUAUUCCUAACGAAUGAUAGCUUCUGUUUGUUUUUUAUGAAUUUGGAAUUGAUUUGGCAGUCACAAUGUAUGUAAUUAAAGCUGCCAUUGGAUUCCUGGAAUUAAGUCGUAAAGAAAGAUUUGUCUGUGAUAAGAGUUUGCUGUAAUAUACAUGUUUGUUAUUUAACAUUGUGCCAAUAGUUCAACUAUUUUAUCUCGUGCUAUCUCAGAAUUACUGACUCCAUGCAACCUAUAUAUCCUUUUAAAAGAGGCUACUUUACCCUCUUAUGUUGUGAAGCAACCAGUAUGAAUCCUGUUUAUGAUAUAGACAGUUUUGAUUAUAUUUUGCCGAGUAGUUAUGAAGGUGGUGAGGAACAUGCUAAUUACCUGGAUGAUCUGGAUGAACAAUGGCUGUAUCCUGUGGAUUCUCAAGACCUAUAUCCCUACCCUUAUCCAUCUUAUUAUAGAGAAGAGUUGAGAAGACUAGAUCUAACUAUCUAUAAUCAUUAUAAAAAUUAUUCAGCUGCUAUACAAGAUUAUGAACAUCAUAGUCACUCCAGCUUGCUUGAUGCUGAAAAUCGCAACCCACCCAAUACUCCAAUUACUGAACGCAAUGCUUUAGUCACAGUAGUGGACAACCUGCCUCCAUCAACACCAUCCAGCCCAAGUCCUAAAUUAAGACGUUCAUUUACUCCAUCAUUACUGAGGAAAAGUUUUUCCCCAUCAUUACUUAGACGUAGUCGUGAGAACUGGGCUAAAAGAACACGAAGUUGUGGUAGUUCUAGCAGUAUUGAAGACUAUAAAUGUACUGAAUGUGGAUUUCCUAUCACAGAUAAACAUGUGUCAAUAAGAGGAAAUCUAUACCAUAUUAACUGUUUUAAAUGCUCAAUGAAAAAUGAUAACAAUGAUUAUUAA